CGGACCUGUGUCCGCUCCGUGGGACGCUGCGGGGAGUCCGUCGGGCGAAGGACCUGCCAGGCAGCAACGUGAAUCCCAGCCCUCGGGCCAGGGGCUGCCCGGGGGAGCCGCCCCGUCCUUGUGGCUGGCGCUGCCAGCGGGACCCCGCUCCGGGCCUACGGGGCUGACGGUGCCGGGGUCUGUGCCUGGCGCUGGAGCAUGGCACUCGCUUCUCUCUGCUGUUUCCAGAUCCAUUUUCCUGAGUCCAGCCCGGGCCACUGAGGAUCUGCAUCCCUUCGUUCCUGCUGCUUGGCUCCAUUCCCCCCUGUCUUUCCACUCUGCAGGACGAUGGCUGCAGCAGUCCUGGCUCAGCUCCAGGAGGCCUUUGAGGACGUGGCGCUGUACUUCACCCAGAAGGAAUGGGAGCUGCUGGAAGACCGAGACAAGGUGCUUUACCAGGACCAGAUGCUGAGGAAUUACCAAGCCCUUGUUUCCCUGGGAUAUGAAGGUCCCAUACCAGACUUGAUCUGCCGCAUCCAGCGAGGGGAGGUGGAGCUGUGGGUCUGUGAUGAUUAUGACCCUGGAGAAAGUGUGCAGUCAGAGGGCGUGUCCCCAGAUUCUUCUGACACAGAGGGCACCUGGGACUCAUCAACAGAGGAAAAUUCCUGGCACUCGUUCCCUAGAGGAGAGACUUCCCUGCAAGCAGCAGGUGCCAGGAUGCUGAGCAGAGCUGAGCAACAGCCUGCUGAAGAACAGCUUGCAAACCUUGACCUGGUUCCAGCCAUUAACCAGCUGCUUAUGCAAUGGGGACAGAGAACAGCUGAGCCCUGUAGGAGGCCUAUAUGCAGUGAAGGAUUCAAGGGACAGAAGGACUUGAGGAGCCAUGAGGGCAGCACUCCCAUGGGGGAGGAACUGUAUAUAUGUGGAGAGUGUGGUGAGAGCUUCAGGGGCCAACAGGAGCUAAGGGUGCAUGGUCAAACUCACGGGAGGCAGACGGCCCACCCUUGUGCUAAGAUGGAGCAGAGCUUUAACCAGCUGUCCAAGCUCAGAGUCCAGCACUGCAUCCACACUGGGGAGAAGCCCUACCAGUGCACUCAGUGUGGGAAGAGCUUCAAGCAGAGCUCUACACUCACUCAGCACCAGCGCAUCCACACAGGGGAGAAGCCAUUUCACUGCGGGGACUGUGGGAAGAGCUUCAACCAAAUGUCCCACCUACAAGUCCACCGGCGUAUCCACACGGGGGAGAAGCCGUAUGGCUGUACCGAGUGUGAGAAGAGCUUCAACCAGCUGUCUCACCUCCAAGUGCACCAGCGCUCGCACACGGGGGAGAAGCCCUAUGGCUGUGCCAAGUGUGGCAAGAGCUUUGCCCGCCAGGACUUCCUCCAAGUGCAUAUGCGAAUGCAUACCGGGGAGAAGCCAUAUCACUGUGGGGAGUGUGGAAAGAGCUUCAUUCACUCGUCUCACCUCCGUGUGCACCAACGCAUCCAUACCAGGGAGAGGCCGUUUCACUGCACGCAAUGUGGGAAGAGCUUCAGAGAUCCCUCUGCUCUGACCAGGCACCAGCACAUCCACACCAAGGAGAAACCACAUGGUUGCACCCAGUGUACAAAGAGCUUCCACCACUCGUCCUACCUCCAAGUCCACCAGCGUGUCCACACGGGUGGGAAGCCGCAUCACUGUCCCAAGUGUGGGAAGAGCUUUAACCAGCUGUCCCAGCUCCGUGUCCACCAGCGUAUCCACACUGGGGAGAAGCCCUACCACUGUGCACAGUGUGGGAAGAGCUUCCGGCAGAGCUCCACUCUUACCCAACACCAGCGCAUCCACACAGGGGAGAAGCCAUAUGGCUGUACCGAGUGCGAGAAGAGCUUCAACCAGCUGUCUCACCUCCAAGUGCACCAGCGCUCGCACACAGGGGAGAAGCCCUAUGGCUGUGCCAAGUGUGGCAAGAGCUUUGCCCGCCAGGACUUCCUCCAAGUGCAUAUGCGAAUACACACUGGGGAGAAGCCAUAUCACUGUGGGGAGUGUGGGAAGAGCUUCAUCCACUCAUCCCACCUCCGAGUGCACCAGCGCAUCCAUGUCAGGGAGAAACCGUGCCACUGCAGUGACUGUGGGAAGAGCUUCAGGGAUCCCUCUGCUCUGAACAAGCACCAACGAACCCACCAGCCUGCCCCUUGCCAUUGACAUAGGGUGGUUUCUGCCAUUUCUCCACACAGUUGGUGUCCUGAAGUGGGAGUGGGGGAAAGCCUGGCAGCUGGCCUAAAGUGCCCCCACCUCCACAGUCCCCAGGUGUUGGGUUUGCAUUCGCCUUGAAGAUGGAAGUGUUCUCCUUUAGCGUUUAGAUUAUGGUUGUAUGGUAUGGUUUGGAUAGAGCUGAUCCUGCCUCAGGUAGAAAGUUGGACUAGAUGCAACCUCUGGUUGGACUAGAUGGUCCCUUCCAGCCCCACUUCUCUAUGACUGUGACUCCUAGGAGAACCUCCAUAGUUGGGGUUCCGGGCUGCAGCAGGGACGGAGGAGAUAAGCGGACUCAGGCCUGUGCUGCAGGAGCUCUGGUUUGGUACCCAUAUUGGUUGCCCAUGUUGUGCUUAAGGGUGGCAUUUUGACAUUGCCCAAGAUGAGCCUUUCUUUUACUUUUCCUACUUUUGUAGUGUUAGGCUUGUUUCAGGGGAAGAAUUGACUGUGCUUUUGGGGGAGGGGGUGCAGGUUUGGUAGAAACCUUGGGAAGGGUGGAGGAUCUCUCCUGAGGUUGAGGUGGGGUGAUGGGAAUUGGGGAGCUGGGGGUUCAGAACGGUGUCUUACAUUUGGCUGGAAGUAGCAACUGGGAGGCAUGGUUGGGUAGGUGGUGGUGGGGGGGUGUGUGCUCGUGUAUAGGGUGAGGGGUGGGGGUUGGAGUUCUCACAUUUUGGGCUGUUUGAGGAACCCUGCCUUGUAUUUGUUUAUUGCAAGCCUGGCUGAGACGUUCAUGUAAGGCAAGGUAUAAAUAAGUCAAUAAAUAGCUAAGUCAGUCUACCCCUAUGGGGAGUCUCUGCCCAGAAAACAGCUUCCCUGGGGAGAUUCAGGCACUUGUGCCUGUCUGCAGGAUCUUUGAUGGUGCAGUGAUGAUAGCAGCGCCCUUGUGUAGAUAGUCUGUGCCAGCAAAGGGUGUAGAUUCAUGACCUCCUGGUUGAUGUGGGCUGAAGCAGAUGAAUGUAUUCCCCUGUCAGCAAAGCUGUGCCCACACCAGGUGCUUUAAUGGAGCAGCUGGGUCAGUUGGAGGAUGGGAAGUUUCAGUUCUGCCUGACCUAACCAUGAUGGUAAAACACCAAUGUCCUCAUUUCAAACACCAUGCAACCUUGCUUCCCUUUGUUUUUGCCUCUGUGAUAAUCCUACAAUGCCCCAGACCAUACCUGCCGAUGCCCCAGCACCCCUGACCCCCAAAUCCUCCCAGCAUCUUUCACUCUGUCCUAGGACCCCCAGUCCCCUUCACAACCACUGCUCUCCCCAGCCCCAGUGCCCAUCUUCCUCACUGCCCUUAUUCACUGCCACACUGUUCCGUCCCCACAGCCAGCUCAGUCUGGGUGGGGUGCUGGGUGAAUGGUUUUCUAGGCUCAGGGCUUGAGCACGCGGGGAGAAUGUAGUGUGUGUCUGGGGCAGCGUUAUAGCAUUUACCGCAAGGGAAAGCAUUCUGCCCUGGAGUAGGGGUUAUGGGAUAUAUGGACUGCUUUAGCAGUGUGUUCUUGGGGUGGGGGGGAGGUGCUCAUGGGGAGCCUGAGGAUUUUGAGGGGUCUGUAGUGAGUAGAAGAGUCCUGCAGGAAUCAUAGUAUUUGGGGUGAUAGAGGUUGGUGCAAGUGUUGCUGGGGGGUUCAAGUGACAGGGAGCCAGGGGGUCUUGGAUGUGUUAUAAGAAGCCAGGGCGGCUCAUGGGGAAUGGGAGGGAUACAGAAAUUAAGGGCCUUUCUCUCACUCCCUACUUGGUGAAGCUGCCUGGUGAGAAGAGCUAACAUUAGUGUGGGGAAAACUGAGUCCUCUCGACCCCUCCUUGGAAGAAGGGGCCUGUUACAGGGAGGACGCUGUGGCAGGUGCUGAGGGUAGCUCCCUGGGGCCGCAGGGGAAGGAGCCUGUUCCCUUCCCCCCACACCCGCACACUGGGGUCUGCCUUGAUGAUGGUGACAAGAAAACAGCCCCAGCUCUUCCCACCCCCUGCCAUGGACUGAGGGGAUUCAAAUGCCCCAGGCCAAGGUUGCACAGCCCUAAGCCCCCCCACCCCCAAGGGCUGAGGGGGCAGAUGUGGGAGGGGGACAGCUGCCCCUCUGGAACUGCCCAUUGCUGGGGGGGUAGUUAUACCCCCAGAGGAGCCUCUCUGGGGUAUUAUUUUUCCCUCUAAGGGUAUUUUAAACAAAACCCCUUCCCCUCACAUGGUACUGACUUUUCACCCUCAGAGUUAAAAAGUCCUCAGCAUUGGGCAAUUUCCCUAUUCACUGCCCCCAGCACGGUCCUUCCCAGCCCAAGAGCAGGGGCUGUUUUUUCCCCCUUAGGCUGGGGCAGGGGUGUCCCAGCCACCUGCGGAGGGUUCGGGAUCAAGAGUAUGGUCGAGGGUAGAAAAGUAAGAAAGGUUUAUUGACUUAACAAAAACACAACUAUGCGUAGUAACAAGACAAACAAUGACAGACAAAAGCAAUUCGCAUCAGCAACUUAUUGGCAGUCCCCUCUGACGCCUGAUACACAGC